UAACCAAGUAGCUUUUUGCUCUCUCUCUCAGAUGGCAAGCAAUAUUGGUGAGUUCUCAGUAGGGCAAAGGUCCAUCGGCCGUGCUGCUGUGUUAGCGAUCGGAACAGCCGUGCCGCCAAAUACAGUUGAACAGGGCAGCUAUCCGGACUACUAUUUCAGGAUCACCAACAGCGAGCACAUGACCGAACUCAAGGAAAAGUUCAAGAGAAUUUGUGAAAAAACGACAAUAAAGAAAAGGCAUAUGUUCCUGACAGAAGAGAUGCUGAAAAAGCACCCGAACAUUUGUACCUACAUGGCCCCGACACUGGAUGUGCGUCAGGCCAUGCUGAUAGCCGAGGUGCCUCGCCUGGGCAAGGAGGCUGCAGUCAAGGCCAUCCAAGAAUGGGACCAGCCUAAAUCAAGCAUCACCCACCUCAUCUUUUCCACCAUAGGCGGAGUGGACCUGCCCGGUGCGGAUUACCAAGUGAUCAAGCUCCUAGGUCUAAGCCCCUCAGUCCAGCGAGUCAUGUUAUACCAGCAAGGCUGCUUUGGCGGGGGUGCAACAUUGCGCAUAGCCAAGGACAUAGCAGAGAACAACAAGGGCGCAAGGGUGCUGGUCAUAUGCUGCGAGAUGAGUGUCGUCCUAUUUCGCGGACCAGGCAGCGGGACUCAAAUCGAUAACUUAGUCGGCCAAGCACUCUUUGGUGAUGGAGCUGCUGCUGUUAUAGUUGGGGCCGACCCUCUCCCCAACGUCGAGAAAGCCGUUUUCGAGAUCGCUUCGGCCUUCGAAACCAUUUUGCCCGAUAGCGAGGGGGCCGUGGAAGGGCACCUAAAGGAAAUGGGUUUGACUAUCCAACUCCAACCACGACUCCCGACACUCGUCUCUACCAACAUUGAGAAGAUCUUGAUCGAGGCAUUCGGCCAGCUUGGCAUCUGGGACUGGAACUCGAUUUUUUUUAUUGUCCAUCCAGGAGGGCCUGCAAUCCUGAACCAAAUGGAGGAGCGAUUGAAAUUGAAGACGGAGAAGCUGCAAGCUUGUAAGUAUGUGUUGAGCGAGUAUGGGAACAUGUCAAGCGCUUCUGUGCUGUUCGUCAUGGAUGAGAUGAGGAAGAAAUCGAAGGAGGAAGGCUUGGCCACGACUGGUGAAGGAUUGGAGUGGGGCGUGCUCCUAGGGAUUGGACCUGGCAUCACUAUCGAUGCACUCGUCCUGCACAGCGUACCAAUAAGUGCCUAGCUUGCUGGUCGCUGCUGGUCUCGUGCUCCUACGGAUUGGACCUUUUUAUCUUCUAAAUAAUUAUCUCCAGAUGUCUUUUUACCUAAUAAUAAACCUAUUGCCAUUUGUGUCUA